AUGAGCACUAACAACAUUUACCUAACAUCCCCAUGUAACAUGGCAACUGCUUACAGCAAAUGCGCUAGAUAUAUGAGAAAAAUCUUUAAAUUCAAUCAAAUGGACUUUGAGUUUGCUUUGUGGCAAAUGUUUUAUCUAUUUGCAAAUCCACAAAAACUGAUUAAGUUGUUCAGGGCAAGAAAAUUAGCCAAAUCACAGUAUGCAAGAGAUGAUCCAGCAUUUUUAGUUCUUUUUACAGGUGCUCUUAGUAUAACAUCUAUAGCUUUUUCUAUUGUACUAAGAUUAUCUUUUUUUCAAUUCCUCCAAUGUCUUUUGGUUGUUAUCUUUAUAGAUUGUAUUAUAUUUGGUAUGAUUGUCGCUACUUUAUUCUGGUACUUAACUAAUACUUUUCUGAAACCAAAAAGUAACCCUGAGGAUGUUGAAUGGGGGUUUUGUUUUGAUAUACAUUUAAAUGCUUUCUUUCCUCCUUUAAUAUUGCUUCAUUUUGUUCAGUUGUUUUUCUAUAAUGGAAUCAUUAGUCACGACUGGACGAUAUCUAUUGUUUUGGGUAACACCUUUUGGUUAUGCUCUUGUCUUUAUUAUUUUUACAUUACCUUUUUAGGUUACAACUCAUUACAGAUAUUGAAUAACACGAGAUAUUUCUUAUUGCCUGUACCGUGGAUUGUAUGCUUUUAUGUUAUUAGUUUGUUAAUGCAGUGGAAUAUAACUCAUAAUCUAAUGAACUUUUAUAGAGAUUUGUAUAAUCUUAAGUAAACUGUAAACUAUGUGUACAUAAUUAAUAUAUCAUUUAAAGUAAUAAUAAAUAUACUAAUUGAUGUACAAUAAAAUUAGUUUGCUAGUA